AUGUCACAAGCAUCAGGCACUGACGGCGCUGAGGAUCAGCGCGCCCACAACAGCUCAGCUGAGCGACGUUCUCCAGAGGAUGAUAACGUACGACCUACAGAGGAAAAGAAGACAAAUCAUGAGCCUUCGGCCGAGCUGCCAUCAGGAAUCUUUUCAAGCAAGGUCAUGGACUCAAAAUCACAAUCGCUCGACCUGAAUUCGGAUGUUGCGUUCGAGAAUGAUUACGCUCUCACCCUUCCUGACAUACCCACCAGCAAUCUCGAAGCACCUAAUAUCAAGUGGCUGUUCGAGACAUCUUCCUCCGAAUCGCACCUGAACAAUUGUCGGUUUUGCUGUGAAAAAAUUGAAGACUGUUGCCAGCUAUAUGCUUGA